AGGCCGGGUGGCGCCCGGGAAGCCCCAGGCGGCGGUGGAGCUGGCGGAGCCAUGGGCUCACUCGCGCGGCCUGUGGGGCCCGGUAGCGGCUUGGGGUCGCGGCCCCCGCCGCUCGCGCCUCUCCGGCUCCUCGUUCUGUUGUUGCUGGUGGCGCCCGGCGCGCGGGCCGCGGGGUACAAGACAUGCCCCGAGGUGAAGCCAGGGAUGCUGAAUGUGCACCUGGUGGCCCACACUCAUGACGACGUGGGCUGGCUCAAGACUGUGGAUCAGUACUUCUACGGCAUCCACAAUGACAUUCAGCACGCGGGGGUGCAGUAUAUCUUGGACUCGGUCCUGGAGGCCUUACGUGCCGAGCCCAGCCGCCGCUUCGUCUACGUGGAGAUGGCCUUCUUCUCUCGCUGGUGGCACCAGCAGUCCAAUGCCACUCAGGAGGCUGUGCGUGCCCUGGUCCACCAGGGGCGCCUGGAGUUUGCCAAUGGUGGCUGGGUGAUGAAUGAUGAGGCGGCCACCCACUACGGGGCCAUCAUCGACCAGAUGACCCUGGGGCUGCGUUUUCUGCGGGAGACCUUCGGUGAUGAGGGGCGCCCCCUGGUGGCCUGGCACAUCGACCCCUUCGGCCACUCCCGGGAGCAGGCUUCCCUGUUUGCGCAGAUGGGGUUCGAUGGCUUCUUCUUCGGUCGCUUGGACUAUCAGGAUAAGGUGACUCGGAAGGAGCAUCGCGAGAUGGAACAGAUCUGGAGGGCCAGCGCCAGCCUCAAGCCCCCCGCCGCUGACCUCUUCACUGGUGCUCUCCCUAACAUGUACAACCCCCCGGAAAGCCUGUGCUGGGACUCGGGAUGCUCUGACAGCCCCAUCGUGGAGGACCCCAGGAGCCCCGAGUAUAACGCCAAAGACGUGGUCACCUACUUCCUCAAGCUCUCGGACAUCCAGCGCCAGAGUUACCGAACCAACCACACGGUGAUGACCAUGGGUUCCGACUUCCAGUAUGAGAACGCCAACAUGUGGUUUAAGAACCUCGACAAACUCAUCCGCUUGGUCAACGCACAGCAGCAGGCGUCGGGCAGCCUGGUGAAUGUUCUGUACUCCACUCCUGCCUGCUACCUGUGGGAGCUCUACAAGUCCAACCUCACCUGGUCGGUGAAGCUGGAUGACUUCUUCCCUUAUGCCGACGGCCCCCACAAAUUCUGGACGGGCUACUUCACCAGCCGAGCGGCCCUCAAGCGCUACGAGCGUCACAGCUACAACUUCCUGCAGGUGUGCAACCAGCUGGAGGCGCUGGUGGGGCCGGCAGCCAGCCAGGGACCCUACGGCUCCGGGGCCAGCGCCUCCCUUAACGAGGCCAUGGCUGUGCUCCAGCACCAUGAUGCUGUCAGCGGCACCUCCAAACAGCAUGUGGCGAAUGACUAUGCGCGACAGCUGGCGGAGGGCUGGGGCCCCUGCGAGGUUCUCCUUAGCAAUGCGCUGGCGAGGCUCAGUGGCUCCAAGAAGGACUUCACCUUCUGCCGGGAGCUUAACAUCAGCCUCUGUCCCUUCACCCAGGGCGCCCACAGCUUCGAGGUGACUGUUUACAACCCGCUGGGGCGGAAGGUGGAGCGGAUGGUACGGCUACCAGUCAGCAAGGAAGCCUUCCUGGUGAAGGGCCCGGAUGGAGCCGUUGUUCCCAACAAUUUUCUCUCCUUUGUGUCCGAGGUGGUGCCAAAUCCCAGCUCCGAGCAGCUGGAACUGCUGUUCCCGGCCACCGUGCCCGCCCUGGGCUUCAGCGUGUAUUCUGUUUCCCGGGUGUCUCCCAGGCGCCCCACCAGUCUCAGACGCAGACCCAGGGCCCAGGAAGCUGAGUCUUUGGAACUGACCAUCCAGAAUGAGUACCUGCAGGCCCGCUUUGACCCCGACACAGGCCUCCUGAUGGAGGUGAACAACCUGGAAGAGGGCCUCCAGCUGGCCGUUCGCCAAGCUUUCUUCUGGUACAACGCCAGCAUGGGCGACGGCCUCAGCAGCCAGGCCUCGGGCGCCUACAUCUUCAGGCCUUACCGCCAGGAGCCCAUGAUUCUCAGCCGCUGGGUGCAGCCGCGCCUGGUGAAGACGUCCUUGGUGCAAGAGGUGCACCAGAACUUCUCAGCCUGGUGCUCCCAGGUGAUUCGCCUGUACCGGGGACGGAGGCAGCUUGAAUUCGAAUGGACGGUGGGACCCAUUCCUGUGGGAGACAACUGGGGGAAGGAGGUCGUUAGUCGCUUUGAUGCUGCACUGGACACAAAAGGGCUCUUCUACACAGACAGCAAUGGCCGAGAGAUCCUGGAGAGGAGGAGAGAUUACAGGCCCACCUGGAAAUUGAACCAGACAGAACCGGUGGCAGGAAACUAUUAUCCAGUCAACAGCCGCAUUUACAUCAAGGAUUCGGAGAUGCAGCUGACGGUGUUGACAGACCGCUCCCAGGGAGGCAGCAGCAUCCGUGAUGGUUCCAUAGAGCUCAUGGUGCACCGCCGCCUCCUGAAAGAUGACGGCCGUGGGGUGGGGGAGCCCCUUCAGGAGGACCUCCCGGGGCGCUGGGUGCGAGGGCGCCACCUCCUGUUGCUGAACAAGCUGAAGACCGCGGCUGCGGCACACCGGCUGCAGGCACAGGAAGAGGUGCUGGCCCCGCAGCUGGUGUUAGCCUCGGGAGACGGGACCCCUUACCGCCCUUCGGUGGCCCCAAGCAAGCAGUUCUCCGGGCUGCGCUGGGAGCUGCCCCCCUCGGUGCACCUGCUCAGUCUGACCCACUGGGGCCCCGGGAUGGUGCUGCUUCGCCUGGAGCACCAGUUCGCUGUAGGGGAGGACUCCGGCCGCAACCUGAGCGCCCCGGUGACCGUGGACUUGACGGACCUGUUCUCCACUUUGACCAUCACGCAGCUGGAAGAGACCACCCUGGCCGCCAACCAGCUCCGCGCCCGCGCCUCCCGGCUAUACUGGACCCCCGGAACAGGCCCGGCUGCUGCACCCCUUCAGCCACCCCGCCUGAACCCGGCAGCCAUCACUCUGAUGCCAAUGGAAAUCCGAACUUUCCUGGCCAAGGUUCAGUGGAAAGGGGGCAGCUAGAACUGGGGAGGGGGAGGCAAGAUGUCCCCACCUGGACCUGGACCCCAAGACAGGCUGUCUCCUCCCCCAGUCCUGCUGUGUGACCACCAAGGAAAGAAAUUAAAAUGCUACUACCAGGA